CAGCAUUGCUCCGUGGUCCGUAGUAGGAAAAGUGAAAAAAUAGCAUUAAAGAUGAAAAGAUUCAUCUUGACAAGUUUUACGCCGUUUUAAAGUUGCAAUUUUUGCUGGGAAAAGUUUUACUUUAAUGAUUGAAAAGUUUUGCAAAACAGAAUGUGUUUUGGGGCGGACUGAAAAUGGUUAAAUUCGAACGGAAACCUGUGUCGGAAAUGGUGCAAAUAUUGCGGUGAAAAUUGAUUCGUAGCUGAAGUUGGAAUUUUUCCUCCCAAAAAUCUAGGAGUGGGCUCCAUCGUUUGUUGAAUCGACGUCGCGGGGCUGGUAUUCAGCCUCCCGUUAUUCUUUUUUUCUUUUUCAUUUGCGCUGCAUGCGCUACCCGGAAUGGUGAUAAAAGUUAGACAUUUUAUUUGAUUGCCAUGUGAAAGUAAGUGAGAGUGAAAUGAUGAAACUCCGUGGCCGUGGGAUACUCUGCACGGUUUGAGAAGAUGAAAAACAAGCGCCAUCACAGGCGUGGAAAAUAGUAGUGGAUGGAUUAGUUUGUUGGUUAAGUUGUCGUCUAGUUAAACAAAAAAACCUGGGGGAAUGCGCGAUACUAUGUCAAAAGUGUUGGACAGUGACACAGAAUCGGAGAUACCAGCCAGUGUGCAUAGCAAUAACAAUAGCGAACCAAACACGGAUAAUGAGGAGAAACCGGAAGUGGACACCCUGUCGGCAAUGGGAUCGAAAGGUCCCACUACCAAUGGGAAUGCUAGUGACACGGAUAGCACCGCCAGCACCCCGAGUAGUGCCCGGGUAGCAGUCAAUGGAAUUGACCCAAAUGCGACAGUAUCCAGUCUUCCAACAGCAAUAGCAACGAUACCAGCUCCUCCCCUCGUCCUCAACAGUGCCAGUUCACUUAACGGCACAGCCACCAAUGCUUCAGCUGCUGCUGUUGCUGCUGCAACUCCUGCUAGAUCACCAUCGGCCUUAUCCGGGUCCUCAUCAUCUGCGCCAACGAUUGCCAACGAACGUGUGAAGAAGUACCGCCAUCAGCAUUUCAGUAAAAACAUUUACAUCGGUACGAAAAAUGCGGAAAAAUGGGACACUCUGAGGAAUCUGCUGCAAUUCAAGAACGACGUAGAAUUUGUAUCGUUCCUGCUUCGUCUGGCCGAGGUGGACGAUCGGAAAAGGAAGAAUCGAGCUUCGAAUGGAAUAACCACUGAAGAAUUACAUCCGCCAGACAGUGAAACGCAACGCGAUGCCCUGCCCGGUGUGCUGACCAACUCGAAACAAACCGGGAAAUCUAGCACUAAGAAAACCAAGCGAGUACAAUUUCAGGACAGUGUAAAUAUUAUCAACAACAAUACGACGAGCACUCUGCGAACCGCUGGCGGGGGUGGAAUUUUCGACUUUCACGAAGAUGAAGACAACAACGAAAUGGAGUUCCGGCGCCGUCGACCUCGGUCUCAACAACCGAUGCGAUCACCCGCUCCGCCAUGUGACGAAGAUCAUAGAGAUGAGGAGGCAGCGGCAGACGGUGGUGACGAGGAUGAUGAACAGUAUAUAGUGCAGAACAUAAUCAAGAAGCUACCGGGAAGGGUUGGUCAAGCAAAUGAGGUACAACAGGAUUCUAUCAGCAGUACGAUGGGUUCCGUCUCCGAGGACUCGUUACACACUGAAACGGAAGUGUUGGACUACCGCAUUGCCGAAAAGAUCAAGACCGAAAUGGAGGAAAAACAAAAACUGGAAAGGAAGUCAUUCGGUGAGGAAUUACCGUCUACCUCCAAUUACUCGGAACAUUCGGAUCGUCCAUCAGACGAUGAGACGUUCGACAGCAAACUGGAUAUCAAAAAGAUUGAUAUACGAAAGGCACCCUUCGAUCCGAAACUGGGGACAAGUCGAAAGCUGAAACGAGAGACAGGAUCGGUGGAUCUUCGUAUCGAAUACGAAGAACAAGAAUACGGACGCUUGACUCCGGACGAACGCAAACCUUUACUACCGCCGCCUAAGAAACCUAGGAAAGCACCGACAACGAAAAAUAAAGCCUGUACCGGAUGUGGAAUAAAACACGGUACCGAUCCGUGCCCGUUGGAUACCCCAUUGACCGUGAUCAAUAACAAAAUCGAGCUUACAGAAUGGUUAGAGCAGAAUGAGGAUCUAAUCAAGAAGCAUAAAAUUGUGCUAAAACCUGAGAAUCCGGAAGAAAUGGAUGACGAGAAUGAUGACAAUUUUGACGAUGAAGAUGAUGACGAUGAAGGAGACGAAAACGAGGAGAAUCAGCUUGACGAAAAGCUGGAUAUUCUACCGUCGUUCUCGGAAACAUCACUUCCUCCAGAAUUCGAGCUGCGUAUAGCUCCUCUAGCGACUCUGAUUAGUACGGCACCCGCUGGCAGUAGUAGCGCUAGUAGCCAACCGCCAACAAUGGAUCUCAAUGAAUCAUCAGCAUCGGGAGUAGCUCCGCAAGGUGAUUUACAACCUGCGGCCACCAUCACCAACACAAUCAACCACGGACUUAGCAUCUACACAAAAAUAUUCAUUCCAAAGUAUACCCAACUGGGACCGGUUAUUGGACAAGUGGCGAAAGAAACGGAGAUUCAGGAUGACUGCACCAUGCGCUACAUUUACGAAACGUUCGACGGAACCAAAUCUACCUACACAAACAUGGAAAACAAGAACCAGUCCAAUUGGUUACGAUACUUGCGCCCGGCUAGGCAUCGUGAUCAGAAGAACUGCGUGCUGAAGGUUCGCGAUUCGCAGAUAGUGUUUGUAACCUGUGCGGAUCUUGAUGCGGGCAGUGAACUUCUUUAUUGGAGUGAUGAUUCGAACUCCGCCUGGGGGAAAAAGAAGAUGGAGAAAACUAAUUGCGGUGGGUGUAAUUUACGAUUUGAUCAUCCGCUGUACUAUCGAACGCAUUGCUCCGUUUUCCACGAUCCGUCAUUUAGUUUGACGAUCCGUAAGUACCACUGUAAAGUGUGUGGAAUCGCCGUGCUCGGCAAGGAGAACAUCAUGAAACAUGCUGAGAAAAUGCACGACGGCAAGGGAGCGUAUCAGUGUCAGUUCUGUCAAAAGUUCUUCCUGCGUCUAAAUUACUUGGAGAUGCACCGAACGUACGGCUGCAGUAUGAACCCGCAGCGAGCUCGGCCACUGUGUGAUUUUUGCGGACGCAAAUUCUGUCAGCCCCAGAAAUUGAAGGUUCACAUCAAACGGAUGCACAGUGACAUGGCGGAAGUGUUACGUGAUUUCCAGUGCAAGCUGUGCUCUAAACUACUAGGUUCUCGAGCAGCACUUCAACGUCACUCCAAGGAGGUGCACAGCCGAAACUCCGCCGUGGUAAGCUGCCCUCGCUGUCAGAAGCUGUUCCAAAACAGGAGCAACCUGAAAAUCCAUAUGUUAACCCAUUCCGGUGUACGGCCUUUCAAAUGCGCGGAAGGUGAAUGUACGGCAGCGUUUACGACCAAACAAUGUCUGCAGUUCCACUACAAGAAGGUUCACGGAUACACUCAGGAACAGAUGCCGAAAAUUGAGCGCAGUGUUGCGUACACAUUUGAUGCUUAUUCUGGGGGUAUGAAUGAUGGAUUGGUUGACUUCCUUUUAGAUGGCAUUCAACGCCGCCAGCGACGAAAGGUGGAACCAGGAGAAGAAGGACCCGCCCUGACUGGUGCUGAGAAACGAAAACGUCAAACCAAGGAACUCUCCGGAAACAUCCUGAAAACGAAAAACAUUCUGGAAUCGUUCAACGAAAUAUGCAAAAACGACAGCAAUCUUUCCUUACUAUCCACGAAAAUAUCUUCCAUUCUGAAUGGGAACUUGAAGGAUUUCACCAAAGUACCAGGAGGAGUUUCCGGUUUAGAUAGUGAUGUGAGAAAAGAAGAAUUGGACGAUGAUUUGGAUUCCAACGAAUGUGCCGAACGGGAUGAACGUUUAGAAGCAAUCCAGCGACAUCUGAAUCAACCGAUGCAGGACGACAAACACGACGAAUUCAGUCAGCUGCAAUCCCGUUUGUCCAACAUAUCAGGUCAAAACGAUCCAAAUGCGCUACACUAUAAGCUAAAUAACAGUGAAGAAGAAAAGCCCCUUACUGAUGGCGACAGUUUCGGUGAUCUGAAUUCACUGUCAGCCAAUUCAAAGUACAAAGAGUUCCUUAACGGUGGCAACACUGGUUUGGUUAUUAGCAAAGGUAGUAAAAAAUGGAUCAGUGACAACGAUCAUCUGCAGGACGAUAACAAUUCGGAGAACAUGUUGACUGCAGCAGCCAACCGAGAUUUUCUCACGAAGUUGAUAAUGAACGGAAAUGUUGGUCACCCGUCUUCGCAGAACACCGCACCGGAUGACGACGAAGAUGAUGAUGACAACUCAACGAUACUGGAUGUGGUCGAUUCCAACAACCAGAAUCAACAGAACUCGAAUGUACAUAAUCAUUUGCAACAGCAACAUCAACAGCAACAUCAGCAUCAACAACAGCAGCAACAAUAUACGUCUAGUUUUGCGGGUCUAAACAGUUCACUGCCGGAUUUGCCGACCUUCCAAGGCCAUAGCUUUUCGACGCACUUCAAUCAUCAGUCACUAUUGGGAAGUUUCUACAACAACAAUAACGGAAUGGCCGGUCGCAAUGCCAUCAACACUAUUCCGACUUCGGCUAGUAUGCUGGUAGAAGCCGCUCUCAAUUCCGUCAGUAACAUCAUCAACGAAGCGGAAAUGAAUAGCAGCAACAACGAAAAUCAAGAUCUGCAUAUGGGCGAUAUAGACGGAACCAGUGGAGCGGGAGCUGAAAAUAACCUAGCAACGGAUUCGUUUGCCACAAACGAAGUCAAUAACACAACGGAUGAAAUGAAAAUGUUGAAACCACACAGCUUCCCACUGCAGAUGAAUUCAAUGUCACAGUUUUCAUCCCAAUCCCCGGACGACGCAAGCCUCAUCCAAGAACGUAACGAGAUGGAGGUUACCCGACCUAAGUCACGCAACAAGCUUCCCGGUUAUGGUGACAGUGAAAUGCUUGGAUAUGACAGUCAACAACAGCAGCAAUCGACGCCACACAAACACAAUCCUAGCGUAGAAUCGGUUCGUAGUGCGUUGUCCCCAGAGCAGAAUGACUUCAACUACUCCAAUUCGAACGGUGCUCAACGACAGCAUCAACAGAUUGCAACGGAUUCGCCGGUACGAUCAAACUCCCGCCAAAUUUACGGAGAACACGAUCUUAUUUCACCGGCUUCUACGCCGUCUCUACCGCGGUAUGAUUUUGGUGCCGAUAACAAUAACUACGCUCGUAGACAGGAGAAAACGAUAAGCUCGCUGGCUUUGGAGAACUUUGAGGCCAAUCUGAAAGCGAACAGCCAUCACAUGCAGCACUUGUCUAGCGAUGAGGACAGUAGUAUCGUGAUUGCUGAGAACCUCUCGGUCAAUGCGAAUAAUACGGACACGAAGAUUAAAAUGAACAAUCAUCCAUCAACUGCCGACUUCAUGGCGUCAAAUUCUGGCGGCCCCGUCAGCAAAUAUGAUACCGGAAGAAACAGCUUGGGGUCCGAACUGUCGGCCGACCUGCGGCUCAAGUACAACACAGAAUCCAAUGUUGAUCUUCCAGAUUUCCGGUCCAACGGUAGCAUGAAUGAAACUUCCGACUUCCAAGGGCUGGAUAUGAGCUCCCGAGCAGGACUCGCAUCUAGUUACUCCCACAGUAAUUUCCAAGUUUCGUCGUCCGGAGCAAAUUUGAAUUUCAACCGUUAUCACCAUCACAUCUACGACAUCCUGAACGAACGAGAACAGCAUCAACAGCAACAGCAGCAGCAACAGCAACAACAGCAACAUCAGCAUCAACAACAGGAAUUCCAUCUGCAACAGCAACAACAGCAGCAGCAACAACAAAUGCAACACAUGAUUCAAGAUCACAUUGGUCCUGAAACCGACCCUGACCAGCCGGCUUCGGUUGAUUUAAGUCGUACAUCGAGCUAUCUAGUCCCAUCGCCUCCUUCUCCGGCUCUGCCCUAUUCCCAUCCUCACCCGGAUAUGAUACGCAUGGUUUCCUUGGAUCUAAGUUCGAACAGUGGUGGCAACAUGAUAGUGGGAAACACUCCGCAUCACGUCCGUCAUCCGUCGUUCCUUUCGUCCCAAAUUCAGCAUUCCAACCGAGACUCCUUGCCCGAUCACCAUCGAUUACUAGCUAGUGAGCAGCUGGCUGCCACGAACCAUAGACUACUGGUAGAUCCAACGGCCCAUCUAAUCUUCGAACAGAACAACCGACUGCUGGCGGAAACGCCAGGUCCUGCACCACCACCUCCCAGGCAUGUUGUUUCACCGCAACGUGGCUUCGGAGCGUACCAUCAUCACCAUCACCAUCAGAUGGGAUCAGCACCGAGUUACCAUCACCACUCGGUUAAACAGAACCUAACCUCUCCACCGUUGAAUCAGCAUGCGUCGGCUGCAGCCGCAAACUACCACCCUUUUCCCAGUUACUACUGAAACCGAUGUAUGAUGAUUUAAAAAGUACCAAGUAACGAGUACGCGUUACUGAGUACGAUCGAUCCGACAGGUCCCGAUGUUUGGCAGCUUGCGAAACAGAUUACAACUUGGCAGAUAGGCGAGAAUUUAUUCUUUCAAUCUUUCGAGGUACUCAAAGUACGCAUACGAAUCACACAAAUUAAACUAGGAUUACAAAAAAAGAUAAACAAGAUAUUUAGUUACCAGAAACAAAUAAGUAGCACAAACAAGGAAAACUAAUGCUGAUCUAGCUCAACAAGUAUUAUCUUAAAACACACAAAAUACCCACCAGAAGAGGAUAUUGUAGAGAAAAUAAAAGUACACAAAGUAGAGAUACCAGUAGCCUCAAAUGCGUUUACAACUCAUAAAACGAUCAUUCUGUUAAAUGUCAUCGCUAUUUAUCGAGUUAAUACAGACUAGAGUUCAGCUAAAACCAAUCAUCAAUCAUCAGACUUGUAUUUUUAAGUAACUAAACUACACGAUUCCAUGGUUUUCUCAUAUAAUUGUAUUUGGUGGGCGUGAUGAUCAAUUUUGAGCUCUACAUUUGAACUAUUCGUUGUAUUUAUAUCAUUAACAAUCAAAACAUCCCAAGCAGUAAGUGGCACAAGCAUGUUUUACAAAUUAAGAAGAACAUUAUAAAUGUUUUUUGCAUGAUAACUUUAGUUUCGGGAAUAAUCAGCACGAACUCAGAAACCAACGCAAGACGGAAAACAAAAAAUAUAUCGUAGUUUGUAAUAUUUAUUCCAGAUUAAGGUAACAGUGAACGUAGAAAGGAAACUAUGAUUAUACAAGGACAAACCAAGAUCGAAAAAAAAACGAAAACAAAUGAUGUGCCAAAUCCAACAACAAAAAAACGUCACAGAUACCACGAGAAAAAAUAACACUUUUUUUGUUAGUUACUCUUAUCUACCCAACUAGCAGUCUUGUCAGUCAGCUCGUUUUACUAUAAAUAGCUGUAGAAUCGAUAUUUACAAAACCCAAUUCCAUGUAUUUGUGUAAUAUUGGCAAAUCUUGAGACGCAGUGUUCUAUGUAAACAAUGACACAAAACGAAUGCAACGUGGACUAUCCUGAAACUGAUAGCUUAAGCAGAACCCAAGGAAAAUGUUUCUUCCCUGAAUAAAACGAAUCACAAACAAAAACACACGUACAUUAUCUCACCCACUGAAAAGCACCAAACAGGCAAAUUUCAUGAAACAAACAACACAACCAUAAAAACAUCGCACGCGCAUACAAAAGAACAAUAAAAACAAUGUCUGUUCAUAGAUGGGAAAAAAAGAACUUACCGACAAAUGAAAAACGAAACAUUGACAAAAAACGGACAAACAUAUUCAGCAGAUACUUCGCAAAUACUAAUAGAAACAAGUCUAUACUUUAAUAAUGGCACUGGAAAAAAACCACUAAAUCAGGCAAGUGUAUUAUACGAAAAAUUAAUAAAGAAAAUAAAACCAA